AUGCCGGCUCAGUUCAGCGACCCAUUGCCGACCGAGGUAGAUGUGGUCGUCAUCGGCGGUGGUGUCAUCGGCAUCUCGACUGCCUGGUACCUGCGCGGACAUGGACUGUCGGUGCUGGUUUGUGACAAGGGUCGCGUCGCCGGCGAGCAAUCCAGCCGCAAUUGGGGCUGGGUUAGAGUAACCGCUAGGGACCCCGAUGAGGUCCCGAUAGCGAUUGACAGCGUGAGCUGCUGGGAAUCGAUUGCCGCGCAACUCGAUGACGAUAUCGGUUUCACCCGUGGCGGCGUGCUGACAUUAGCAUCGAGCGAGACGGAAAUGGCUGAAUACGAGGCUUGGUGCCGUCUCGCCGCCGAACACGAACUACAAUCCAUUGCCUUUUCCAAAGACCAAAUUGUGAACCACAUUGAUGUGGCAACAAGGGGCUUUGUUGGCGGCAUAGUGACCCCCCGUGAUGCUCGAGCGGAGCCAUUUAAGGCGGUACCUGCGCUCGCACGGGGCGUCCAGAACCGCGGCGGGAUGAUCCGUGAAGGAUGUGCCGUCAGGACAGUUGAUCUGGAAGCCGGCAAGGUGGCGGGCAUCGUUACCGAACAUGGUCGAGUUCGCUCCCAAGCGGUAGUGGUGGCCGCUGGCGCGUGGUCAUCCAUGUUGCUGUCGAACAUGGAGAUCAAGCUGCCUCAGCUCACGGUUCGAAGUACGGUCGCCCGAACCAAGGCAGCACUGGAAGUAUAUAGCGGUGCUGCCGGGUUGCAUGACCUGUACAUCCGACGACGACAAGAUGGCGGCUACACCGUUGCCAGCGGUUUCACUGAGCACACAAUCGGCGCCGACAGUUUUCGAUACUUGUUUAAGUUCCUCCCAUCGACGCGUGAAACCAGCGAAAUUGGGUUGCGACUGGGUCGCAAUGCGACUCAACAAUCAGUGUUCAAGAAAACCUGGACCGCCGAUCAAGCAACGCCCUUCGAAUCUCAUCGGGUUCUCAACCCCUCGCCGUCAUUGGCAGACCUCAAGAGAAUGCGUGGCCGCCUCGCACGGCGCAUACCUAAACUGGCCGGAAUCGAGUUUGCCGAAAGCUGGGCCGGUAUGAUUGACGCCACGCCCGACGUGGUUCCCGUUAUGGAUGAAAUUUCAUCCCACCCUGGGUUGUUCUUAGCCACCGGCUUUAGCGGCCACGGCUUUGGCAUUGGACCAGGUGCUGGCAAAGUCAUGGCUGAAUUGGUUUCGGGGCGAGCGCCCCAACAUGACCUGACUCGGUUCCGGUUUUCUCGGUUCUCCGAUGGUUCGAAGAUCAAACCGGGACCGGCGAUCUAG